AUGCGAGAUGAAACAGAGAGGAAAGUGUUUGAGGCGUUGAAUAACAAGAACUGGGGCGCAUCGUCCACGACUUUAAACGAUAUCGCAAGAGAGACGUAUUCGUAUGAUAAGUUUCAGAAAAUAUUCAAGCUCAUCUGGGAGGCUGCUGACUCGCCGCCCAGGAAUUGGCGUAAGGUUUUCAAGUCUUUGAUGCUUUGUGAAUAUCUGGUCAAGAAUGGCUGUGAGCGUUGUGUUGAUGAAAUUCGCGACCACUCGUUUCGAGUACGCCAGCUACAGGAUUUUAAUUACUACGAAGAUAAGCUUGAUCGGGGCCAGGGAGUACGAGAAAAAGCUAAGCAGCUCGUAGAAUUGCUCGUUGACAAUGACGUAGUUCGCGAGGCGAGGGAGAAUGCGAAACGGCUCCGAGAUAAA